GAACCUGCGAAGGCCAGUCAGCCCUGAGCGUGGCAUGUUCCUCCAGGUGGCUUACACAGUUCCUCUCCGCCUGGCAGCGCGCUCGUUCCUCGGCCUCUCUCCCGGCGGCAUGUGUGUCCCCAGUCGCCACCUGUCGCUGCGUCUGCACAGCACGGUGAUGGAGGCGGUGGUGGUGGUGAUGGUGGCGGCGUGGGCGUGUCUGCUACCCGUGCGCGCCCAGUCAACAGUUCCUUGGGAUUUCGUCCUUCGCCCCGAGCACCUGCUGGCGAGUGAUACCGCUGACCUGCUGCGCUCCGGCACCAGCCCCCCGGCCCCCUGCACCACGCCUGACGGGGUCAACGGUGUGUGUGGGAGCGUUUACACCUGCCAAACGUACGAGACGCUGCUCGGCCACCUGCAAGACCCCAAGGUGCUCGACUUCUUCCGGAGCCGUGUGUGCAAUGUCACUCCGAAAUUCGUCCACCUGUGCUGCCCCACCUCCACGACCCCCACCCCGGAGAGGCAGUCCUCGUCCAUAUUCUUCUUCGACACGACCCCAACCCCGGGAUCGCCCUCAGGAACCUUCUCGUCUGCUUCUCAGCGACCUAACGGGCGUCAACCAAGUGUGUCUCGACCGGGCGACAGUGAUGACGGAGCGCAAAGGAACCCCUUCCCCCGACAGCCCACGCCCCGCCCCGCACCCCAGCCCUCAGAGCGAACGCAAGCCUUCCCUCAGCCGUCAACAACCACAACGACCCCCGCCCCUGCCCCCUUCACCACCACGACCCCCCGCGCCCCCCAGGACAAUGAUCAGCCCCCAACGGAGCCCGCAGAACCCCCGAUUCUCCCUGCUGAAGGGGAGUGUGGAGCCAUGACUCAAGGAACGACGGGGAACAUUCCAUGGGCGGUGGGCGUCGGUGUGCUGGACCAGAGGAACUUUAAUGUCAACUGCACGGGGGCGCUGGUGAGCCGCUUGCACGUCAUCACCGCUGCCAACUGUGUGGAGCGCGCCCGUCCGACCCACGUGCGCCUGGGUGACCCUCAGAUGCGGGACAAGUCGCUGGAUGUGCCUCUCCUCACCUGGAUCACCCCAAACUUUGACCCCAGCACGCGCGAGAACGACCUGGCGCUGAUCACCUUGGCUACGCCCGUCUCCUUCACAGACAACAUCAAACCUGUGUGUCUGCCCUUCCGCUACCGCUUUGACGGGUUCCGCGGUCAGGAGCUUCACGUGGUGGGCUGGGGCGGUACAGCGACCCUGGAAACCGGGGCGGUGACUGUUCUUGGGUCCCAGGCAUGCCGCAACACCUACAAGGCUCCCUCCUUCAUCGCCAAUAACAAUGUGAUCCCCUUCUCCUCCUCCUCCGCCUUGUCCUCCGCGGCGGCCUCAUCUCGCGCCUCAAUCUCCGUGACUGUGGACAGGAGGAACCUCUGUGGCUCAGCUGCACCCACUGGAUCCUCCUCGACAUCCUGCCUCAGUCAAUACGGGGCGCCUCUCAUCUACCACGACGCGGACACAACGGGGCUGCACUACCUGGCUGGCGUGGCCUCCCUCGGCGACGGCUGCCAGGCGGGGCCGGGGCUGUACACGCGCCUCGGGGCCUUUCUUCCCUGGCUGUCGCGGCAGCUGAGUGGGGUUGAGGUACCGGCCGCCGCCUCCCCCCCUCCCAGGCGGAUACAGCCCGUGGGUCUCAACAGGGGCAAUGGGGCGCUCACCUUUGGGUAGGCGGCGCGGCGGGAAGAGUGGCACACACAUUGUCUUCACCUCACAGGUCAAGACAUGCAUCACAGGGUCAAGAUAUGGGGUCAGCUUGUUGAUCAUCUCUCUCUCUCUCUCUCUCUCUCUCUCUCUCUCUCUCUCUCUCUCUCUCUCUCUCUCUCUCUCUCUCUUACCGCUCCCAUUGCUUCACGCCCAUCAUGCCAAGUUCCAUCGUUUAUAACAAUAUGUCGUGUAAUGCGCUGACAAAAUAGUGACAGACAGAGUGCAGUGUGUUUGAGGUGCCAGGGAUGACUGAAGGUGUCAUCUCUCCCGCCUACAAGCCGAGGACCCUCAUGGUGCCCCAGCCCGCCACCCUGACGCUGGGAAAGGUCCGUUCCAGUGGCAAUACGUAGCCCGUGCCUCGUCACUAAGACAAGCACGAUGCACGCCCCCACCCCAAGGCUGUGCAGAAACCUCCCCAAGCAUCAUCUCCCAGAAGACCAGUAUAACCCUCCCCUUGCUUGUCUCCCCGGCCCAGGACGUAGCACACCACUAUAGUCUGUUCAGAGCAUGGUCGGUUCAAGGUGUGGCAGAUUCCGGUAUUCCCAUGAGUGCGGCGUUGCCAGUUCGACCGCCAAUUAUCAGAUUAGCACCGUCUCCCUACCUACCCACCCACAACCCACCUGUUUAUCUCUCUCUCUCCCUCUCUACCCGGGGGAGGGCCCUAAGGGGACACGCCGACCACCACCACCACCACCACCACCACCAAAACGUGGCAACAUGGGAAAAAAUCGUUGCCACAUGUCAUAGAAUUUAUACAAAUCGUUGUUAUAAUCCUAAACAUCGACACUCAUUGUGCUAUGUAGCUUCCUUUACUAUAUACAGAAUAUAUAAAACAUCACUUUCAAAUAGCACAUGGAUGGGAAAUAAGAGAGAGAGAGACGCAUGUACGAAGGUUGAUUUGGCAGCAUGGCGAGAGGUAAACGAUGAUACCAGCUCCACCCUGAACCGCCCUCAUGCUCUGAACAGACUAUACUUGGCCAGUAAACGCCUGAGUGACCAUCCCACGCCACGCCCCCUGCACCCAGCCAUCAGAUGUCCCUUGGCCCACGGACUGACCUGGAGAUGACCCGGGAUCAGCAACUCGCCGCCAGCUCCCUGCCUUGGCGCCACCACACUGCGCUCCACCCACCUCCACCCCCAUACCACCCUUAUCUCCACCCUGCCACAGAUGUGCUGGUCCCACUGGCCCUCGGCUCUCUUUAGUUUGUACGCGUUUAUUUAUAUACUUUUCUGUAAAUUAUAUCUAUAGUCUUCCAAAUAUGACGAAGCCGGUCUGACGUAGGCUCCCGUGGGUUCUUUCCUCCCCUCUGCUCUGCCACACAGGUCCCAACAUCUAUCCCUUCCUCUCGUAUGUAAGCUAUGAGAGGAAGGGAUAGGUGUUGGGAUUGUGUGGCAGAGCAGAGGGGAGGAAUGGACCCGCGGGAGCCGACGCCAAAACGGACUCCAAUUUGGUUUCACUAUAGCAAUCCGCAAUGCGUUAAUUUUCAGCCUAACGGAUGCAAGGGCGAAAUAAAUCAUCUAAUACUUACUA